AUGGAAGAGGAGAUGGCUGGAGGGACAACUCCCAGAGGACCAGUGGACUCAGAGGCCCAGAAAGGGAGCCCCGAGGAUGGGGUUCAGCAGGAGAGGGGCAAGUGGGCCAACAAGACUGAAUUCCUGCUCUCCAUGGCUGGUGAGAUCAUUGGCCUGGGCAACGUAUGGCGCUUCCCUUAUCUGUGCUACAAGAACGGAGGAGGUAAGUAAACCAGCACUUCCCAAUCUAUUGACUGUCAGGAUAAACAGUAGGAUUACACUAUCAUGGUCUGAAUGCACUGAAACCAAUGAAGAGUUUGGUCACAUUUACAGGAUAUUGACCCAUGUGGAACCGUUUUUGGAAUAGACUGAACAGAGCAGGGAGAGAAAGAAAGAAAGACAGAAAGAAAAAAGGAAAGACAGCUGGUGUGUUGGUGUGAGAUAGUAAUUGAACAUCAGAGAGAGAGGGAGAGCGAGAGAGAGAGAGAGAGAGAGAGAAAGAGAGCGAGAGAGAGAGUGUGCGAGAGAGAGAGAGAGAGAGAGUGAGAGAGAGAGUGUGCGAGAGAGAGAGAGAGAGCAAGAGAGUGAGAAAGAGAGCGAGAGAGAGAGAGCGUGCAAGAGAGUGAGAGAGAGAGAGAGAAAGAGAGAAAGAAAGAGAGAAAGAGAGCGAGAGAGAGAGAGAGCGUGCGAGAGAGAGAGAAAGAAAGAGAGAGAGAGAAAGAGCGAGAAAGAGAGAGAGCGUGCGAGAGAGAGAGCGAGAAAGAGAGAGAGCAAAAGAGAGAGAGAGAGAGAGAGAGAGAGAGAAACACACACACACAAGAAACACAUACAUACAAGGGGUUGCAGAUUGCAUUGCAUUGCGAUGUGAUUAUUUUUAGUGCAAUCUUAUUCCAUUCUUAUUGAUUUGUUUACAACUAUUCUUUAUUUUAUUUGCACUGUUAUUAUAAUAAUUAUUAUAUAUGUAAUGAUGUGUGUAUGUGUAUGUGUGUAUGUAUAUAUACAGUUGAAGUUGGAAGUUUACAUACACCUUAGCCAAAUACAUUUAAACUCACUUUUUUAUCCAAACAUAACGAUGGUCAUUAUGGCCAAACAGUUCUAUUUUUGUUUCAUCAGACCAGAGGACAUUUCUCCAAUAAGUAUGAUCUUUGUCCCCAUGUGUAGUUGCAAACUGUAGUCUGUCUUUUUUAUGGCGGUUUUGGAGCAGUAGCUCCUUCCUUGCUGAGCGGCCUUUCAGGUUAUGUCGAUAUAGGACUCGUUUUACUGUGGAUAUAGAUACUUUUGUACCUGUUUACUCCAGCAUCUUCACAAGGUCCUUUGCUGUUGUUCUGGGAUUGAUUUGUACUUUUCGCACCAAAGUACAUUCAUCUCUAGGAGACAGAACGCGUCUCCUUCCUGAGCGGUAUGAUGGCUGCGUGGUCCCAUGGUGUUUAUACUUGCGUACUAUUGUUUGUACAGAUGAACGUGGUACCUUCAGGCGUUUGGAAAUUGCUCCCAAAGAUGAACCAGACUUGUGGAGGUCUACAAUCUUUUUUCUGAGGUCUUGGCUGAUUUCUUUUGAUUUUCCCAUGAUGUCAAGCAAAGAGGCACUGAGUUUGAAGGUAGGCCUUGAAAUACAUCCACAGGUACACCUCCAAUUGACUCAAAUGAUGUCAAUUAGCCUAUCAGAAGCUUCUAAAGCCAUGACAUCAUCUUCUGGAAUUUUCCAAGCUGUUUAAAGGCACAGUCAACUUAGUGUAUGUAAACUUCUGACCCACUGGAAUUGUGAUACAGUGAAUUAUAAGUGAAAUAAUCCGUCUGUAAACCAUUGUUGGAAAAAUUACUUGUGUCAUGCACAAAGUAGAUGUCCUAACCGACUUGCCAAAACUAUAGUUUGUUAACAAGACAUUUGUGGAGUGGUUGAAAAAUGAGUUGUAAUGACUCCAACCUAAGUGUAUGUAAACUUCCGACUUCAACAAAUAUAUAUAUAUAUAUAUAUGUAUGUAUGUGGUCCUUUGUAGCUCAAUUGGUAGAGCAUGGUGCUUGUAACGCCAGGGUAGUGGGUUCGAUCCCCGGGACCACCCAUACGUAAAAAAAUGUAUGCACACAUGACUGUAAGUCGCUUUGGUAAACUCGCUAAAUGCAACUAAUUUAUAUAUAUAUUCAUUACUAUUUAGCAGACGCUCUUAAGCGACUACAGUUAGGCUACCUUUUAUUUUCCAUACUGGCCCCCCCGUGGGAAACGAACCCACACCCUGGCGUUGCUAAACGCCAUGCUCAUCAACGGAUCAUCCCCCCCGUGCCUUCCACCCUCCCCUACCCUGGACUACGCUGGUCAAUAAUGUAUGCGCAGCCCAUUGGCUCCCGUUAGCGGCCGCUACGCUCCUGGAUCAACCAGAUCUCUAUGGCACGUAUACUGCGAUGCAGUUCCUUAUGACAUACAUGCGCCAUCGUGAGGCCAUGUGUGUGUGUGUGUGUGUGGUUGUGUGUAUGUAUAUAUAUACAGUUGAAGUUGGAAGUUUACAUACACUAGGGGUGAUGGUAAUGAUAGCAGUUUAAUGAUGGUGGUGGUAGUAGUAGUAAUAAUGAUGAUGGUAGUUGUAGUACUAAUGUAAUGGUGAGGAUGACAGUUAGUUAUAAGUUAGUUAUAGUUUCAUUAUCCAUGUUUAGCCUUUUAUAUUUAUUAUAUUUCUACUAUUGACUGUUACCAUUUUAUUGUUGUUAUUUUCUUAUUAUUAUUUACUAUCAUUUUAUAUUAUUAUUUGUUAUUCUUUAUUAUUUUAAUACAAUGUAUAUUGUAUACAUUGUUGCUUUGGCAAUAUUGACGCAAUGUUUUUCACGCCAUUAAAGCAGCUUGAAUUUGAAUUUGAAUUUGAGAAAAAGAGAGAGAGCGAGAGAGAGAGAGAGAGAGAGAGAGAGAGAGAGAGAGAGAGAGAAAGAGAGAGAGAGAGAAGAGAGAGAGAGAGAGAGAGAGAGAGAGAGAGAAAGAGAGUGAGAGAGAGAGAUCGUACGAGAGAGAGAGAGAAAGAAGGAGCGAGAGAGAGAGAGAGCGAGCGUGCGAGAGAGCGUGUGUGAGAGAGAGAGAGAGAGAGUAGAGAUAGAGAGAGAGAGAGAGAGAGAGAAGAGAGAGCGAAAGAAGAGAGAAAGAAAUAGAGAGAGAGAUAAGAGAGGGAUAGAGAGAAGAGUCCCCUCAGCAAGCUGGUCCUGGGGCUCUGUUCACAAACACAAACAGGCCCCCACAGAGCCCCAGGACAGCAACACAAUUAGACCCAACCAAAUCAUGAGAAAACAAAAAGGUAAUUACUUGACACAUUGGAUAGAAUUAACAAAAAAACAUAGCAAACUAGAAUGCUAUUUGGCCAUAAACAGAGAGGACACAGUGGCAGAAUACUUGACCACUAUGACUGCCCCAAAAUUAAGGAAAGCUUUGACUAUGUACAGACUCAGUGAGCAUAGCCUUGCUAUUGAGAAAGCUGGCCAUAGGCAGUCCUGGCUCUCAAGAGAAGACAGGCUAUGUGCACACUGCCCAUAAAAUGAGGUGGAAACUGAGCCAAAUGUAUGACCAUAUUAGAGACCCAUAUUUCCCUCAGAUUACACAGACCCACAAAGAAUUCGAAAACAAAUCCAAUUUUGAUAAAUUCCCAUAUCUAUUGGGUGAAAUACCACAGUGUGCAAUCACAGCAGCAAGAUUUGUAACCUGUUGCCACAAGAAAAGGGCAACCAGUGAAGAACAAACACCAUUGGAAAUACAAACCAUAUUUAUGUUUAUUUAUUUUCCCUUUUUUACUUUAACUAUUUGCACAUCGUUACAACACUGUAUAUAUACAUAAUAUGAUAUUUGCAUUGUCUUUAUUCUUUUGGAACUUGUGUGAGUGUAAUAUUUACUGUUCACUUUUUAUUGCUUAUUUCACCUUUGUUUAUCCAUUUCACUUGCUUUGCCAAUGUAAACAUAUGUUUCCCAUGCCAAUAAAACCCCUUGAAUUGAAUUGAAUUGAGAGUGCGAGAGAGAGUGCGAGAGAGAGAGAGAGAGAGAGAGAGAGAGAGAGAGAGAGAGAGAGAGAGGAGAGAGAGAGAGAGAGAGAGAAUGAAAGAGAUGAUAGAGACGAGCCGAUAGAGAGAGAGAGAGAAGAAAGAGAGGGGAAAGAAAGAUGUUGCCCGAGGGAGUUAACUCUUGUGUGCUAACCCUGAGGGCGGAGCUUCACCUCUAAUAUUCUGUGAGCAACAAAAGAUGUAUGCAUCCUAAAAAACCAGGACACCAGGCCUGCAAUUGCUUUUGUGCAGCCUCAAUGGCUCUCUGUAUUCACUGGAAAGAUAAUUAAUUUCCUUAUGAAGGAUAUCUAUUCAGCUGUCAACUCUUUUCAUGGACUCGUAGCUAAAGAACAUGUUCUAACUACUGUACAGCAAUAAUGCAUCAUCACACAACUGAAAUGUCAAUAAGCAUUUCCUUGGUCUAUUCACACAAAAUGUUUUGCCAUUCAUCUCAGUGGCUUUAUCUUUUUAUCCUUCCUGCUGUUCUAUUGGACCAUUUACCAUAGCAACACACCUUUCAUACAGGAAACACUCUUCCUCAUUGGUGUUUCUAACCCUCCGCAGGUGUCUUCUUUAUCCCCUACUUUGUUUUCCUCUUCUUCUGUGGUAUCCCUGUGUUCUUCCUGGAGACGGCAUUGGGCCAGUACACCAGCGAGGGCGGGGUCACAGCCUGGAGGAAGAUAUGUCCCAUGUUCGAAGGUGAUCACUCUGUCUGCUCCUUACAUUAUUACAUUAUGGGCCAGUUUUCCAAACACUGAUUUAGCCUAUGGUGAAUCUUCCAGUCAGGUCUCCCGUGAUACAAGUCAGUAUUCAACGUCUAUCCAUGUCUGAGGACAUUGGGAGAUGAUGUGGAAAUCGGCCACUAGGGGCAACAGUGAGCGCUGUUACCUUCAAGUAGGUUUCGGUUUUGCUGGUUUUGCUAGUUUUGCUAGGGCGUUUGUCUACGGGGAUGGUGGAUGGGCAUAAGCAUCUGCCUCUGGUUCCAAAAGGUGCAUGUUCCAAUCCAGUCAUAGAAAGUGGUAUUUCAUAUUUUUGUUUUAAGCCUAACCCAAACCUUAACCCUAACCUUAACCAUUCGGAGUUAAUGCCUAACCUUAAGAAUUCGGAGUUAAUGCCUAAACCUAACCCUAACCUUAAAAUGUGAAGUUAAUGCCUAAACUUAACCUUAAACACUUCGACAUUUGACGUUUGGAACAACUUCGAAAUUUGACUUUUGAAAAACAUGGAUGAAAGUCUAAUUCUGACGUAAGACUGUGAGAGCUUGUAGUAGUCUUCAUUAUUAAUAGAUGUAAAGUCCCCUGUUUUGGAGACCUGCGUGGUUCUGGUACUGUUUCCAACGGACAUUUUCACUUAUAAAUCGAUCUGUGGACACCAUAGGUCGAAAUGGCUUGCAUUGAGCAGUAGCCCUGAUUCUCAAAGACACAGGAGUAUGUCUCUUUUACCUGUGUGAAACAGGAUGUGAAAUCUGACACCACUUGAAGCUGGGGUGACCCUCCUACCAUUUCAUUCGCUAUUCCGACUGUCCAUCAACUCCUGGCUGAACCCUACAUCACAGCCACUAACAACGCAUAUGCCUGGAAGAAUAAUAUGAGAUGAAAGGCGAGUUCCUAAUGAGUUCAGGAAGCCAAGCUAGAGCUCAGUGAGAUGUUCACAGCGAUGGGGGCAGACGUUUUGAUCAAGAGAGACCUUUAGAAAAUAUGCACAUUUUCUCUAACACUAAACAUACAAAUAGGUAUUUUACAGUUAUGAGGAAGGUGAAAUCUUAUAGUUAGUCGUUUUAUAAUUAGAUUAUACUAUAUUUAGAAAGCAUAUGUCAUUUCAAGCCUUAUUCAUACAGUUUUGUUGAAUAGGAAAUACAUAAUAUAAGAUAUUUCAUAUUUUUAUAUUUGUAUAAUAUUUGUACUGUGUACUUGAGCUUGUGUCUUCAAAAGUGACUACACCUCAGCAAUUUAUAACUAUUUUUACCAGAAAGGUGAGAUUUUAACCUUUCUUGGAGUGUGCAGCAUUACUAGUUACUGUUUAUGGCCCUGUCAUGAUAAAUAAUUACUUUUGGAGAUUACGUAGAUUACAUUUAGUUACAUUUAACUGUUAACAUGGCUUUUUAGUGCAGGACUAUCCAUUAUCUGUGUCCGGGAAACGGGCCCUAUGACAGUCAAGACAGGGAUUCAAAGGUGUUGUUUCAGGCUAAAUUCAUGAGAUGCUGCUGUAUACAAAGACAUUGAUUAAAAACAAAUAUAUUAGACUGUCAUUUUCCAAAUCUAACAGUAAUUUGCUAGGUAGUAAGCAGGCUUUUGUUCCAGCCCAGUACUAACACUCGCGAUUCAACUUAUCAGUCUCAAUUAGAUGUUUGUUUAUUCAGGUAUUGUAGUGCUGGGCUGGACCAAAAGCCUGCACACCCUGUAGUUCCAUGGUUCCAGAUCCAUGGUUUGACCACUGUGCUAAGUUACUAAGUUAUUUAAAGAACGGUCACCUUAUCAAGUGUUAACCUGACUUUACUUUUCCAUCUGCAGGAGUGGGAAUUGCAUCCCAAGUGAUUGUGGCGUACUUGAACAUCUAUUACAUAGUGGUGCUAGCCUGGGGUCUGUUCUACCUAUUCAACUCCUUCAGGAAUCCACUGCCCUGGUCCACCUGUGACAACGAGUGGAAUACUGGUACAGGAACUCAACACAGACACACACACAGAGACAUACACACACAGACACACACAUACAUAGACACAGACACACACACAGACACACACAGACACAUAGAUACACAUGUGCACGUACCUACUUACGCCCACAUACUCACUCACUCACUAAUUCUCUCUCUCUCGCUCGCUCUCUCGCUCUCUCGCUCUCUCGCUCGCUCUCUCGCUCUCUCGCUCGCUCUCUCGCUCUCUCGCUCUCUCUCUCUCUCUCUCUCUCUCUCUCUCUCUCUGUCUCUUCUCUCUCUCUCUCUCUCUCUCUCUCUCUCUCUCUCUCUCUCUCUCUCUCUCUCUCUCUCUCUCUCUGUCUCUCUCUCUCGCUCUAACAUUCUCACAGAGAACUGCCACAAUUUUAGCACCAUGUUCUUAAACCCACACCUCUCCCAGUUGGACUCAGACUGGUCCUUCCUUCACAAUCAGACUGACUAUAAUGACUACUACACGUUCAGGUAGGCCUCCUUAUUGUACUUUGAAGAUAUCAGAUACACUGGGUGUUGAUGAGGUACAGUCAUGCAUACAUUGAGAUUACUGUAUUGUACAUCAUAUGGUUCCUUUAGCUAUUUCUCACUGCUUAUUCAUUUGUUUACCCCCUCUUUCGCUUUCAGUAAGGAAACCAUGUAUAUCACGUCUCCCGAGGAGGAGUUUUGGGCGUAAGUUUGAAACCAAUGAUAACCUCUGAAAUACACACACACACAUACUGAUCAGGGGUUCACAGACUUCCCACACAUAGGCUACUACAGUCCUACAUUGCUACACUCCUACAGUGUAGAUAAAACUGCUGAGGUCUCUUGGUAGAAGGCAUCAUCAUCAACAGAGCAUUCCUCAAUGAUCCCAUGACUAAAGCUACACCGACAGCGUGGAUCUUCUUUAUCAGUGGGGUGUGGAGUGAUACUGAUAGUGAUGAUGAUGAGUCAUGCUGACAGACAAUAUAGGGCCCGCCCAACGGCCCAGCAGCCCAGUAGAACACAGGGUAAGGGAAAUUAGCCAAUUACUGCCUGGAGAAAACCAUAAAAUGACCAAUUACAGCGCUCAAUAUGGAUUCCUUUGGGUUCAAGUUCCGUGUUGUUGUUUUUUUAGACUAGUCUUAAAUGUAGGUGAUUUCGUAAAAGGCCAUGGUUCUUCCCACAUGAUACAUUCCUGAUGGUGUAUCCAAGUUGUGCAGGAUUGGGAAAUGGGUUGAGAACAGCACUCUAAAGCAUUUUCUUCUAAAUGAGAACAAUAUGUGUCCUUUCUUCGGGUUUCAAAGUCUAAACUAAAGCCCUCUAAACUAAACUGGGUGAAAUGGAACAUCUGUAUGUAUCAUGCUGAUGCUAUUUUAUCUCUGUAUUCGUGCAGAGACUCCAUAUGGAGACUAUAAAGUUGGAAAAAUAACAUGUUUUUAUGUCGGGUCGGCUGUCACUGUGAAUUUGUAUAGGUUAGAUUUGUGUGGGGAGAGGAUCUCUGAAAUAAAACACCUUGUCUAAGAUGGUAUGUAGUACAUAGAGGGUCAUGGUAGGGUGUCUAACCUUACUCUGUUUGUGUGUGUGUGUGUGUGUGUGUGUGUGUGUGUGUGUUUGUGUGUGUGUGUGUGUGUAUGUGUGUGUGUGCGUGCAACUUGAUCUCAUAGUUUCACUUCGGGCUUUGACCUAAUUGGAUGAACGUCGAUUUGUGACCCAUUAAUUCCUUGUGGUUACUGGGUUAAUUCCGCGUGGCUACAGGGUUAAACCCAAAACAACUCAAAGGGUUAAGUUUAGGUAUUGAUUCCAAAUGGUUAAGGUUAGGGCUACGGUUUGGGGAAAGCAUAAAACGAAAUAAUAAUUUUAAAACAUGGGCUGUUUCCAUUUAUUAUCAUCAAGUACUCUCCCUUCUUGCUAGACAUUUGUGAACUGCCGUGGUGCAAUGGUCUAAGCAGCACGCCCUGGUUCUGAGCAUCUUACUGCCUGGUGUGUGUGUGUGCAUUUAAGUGUGUGUGCAUUCAUGUGUGUGUGUGUGUGUGUGUGUGUGUGUGUAUGUGUUUAUGUGUGUGUGUGUGUGUGUGUGUGUGUGUGCUUGCAUAUGUGUGUGUGUGGUGUUCCCCAGUCGUCGGGUGUUGAGGACGUCAGAUAAUGUGUCUCUGGGAGCUGUGCAUUGGGACCUGGCUCUCUGUCUGCUGCUGGCCUGGAUCAUCUGCUACUUCUGCAUCUGGAAGGGAGUCAAAUCUACAGGCAAGGUGAGCCCAUACAGACCAAAACAACAGGAUCAAAUUCAUUAGGGCACACCGCAGCAAAACGUGUUGCAAGGGAAAACUAAAAUGAGUGUUUCUUGUUGGCCAAGUCCAGAUAGUCCCUCCGUGUUUCAGUAUGUACAAUCUCUUUGUGUGUCUGUGUGUCUGUCUGCUCAAGUGUAUCUUCAUGUGUGACCACAGGUGGUGUACUUCACAGCAACGUUCCCCUACCUGAUGCUCUUCAUCCUGUUUAUCCGGGGUGUGACUCUACCAGGGGCUGGGGAGGGCCUAAAGUACUAUCUUUGGCCUCAAAUGGACAAGAUCUUGGAACCUGGGGUAAGACUGAUGGGACACGGGGGAAGACCUGGUAUAAUAACAAUGCGUAAGAACUUAGUUUUGACUAGGACAGAACUGUUAGUUGUAGGGAAUAAAGAGGGUAGUAGGGAGUAAAGAUGGUAGUAGGGAGUAAAGAUGGUAGUAUGGGGUGAAGAUGGUAGUAGGGAGUAAAGAUGGUAGUAGGGAGGAAAGAUGGUAGUAGGGAGUGAAGAUGGUAGUAGGGAGGAAAGGGUCUGUUCUUCCGUUCUCCCGCUUGUUCUUCGUUCGUCCCUCCGUUCUUCGUCUUCCCUCUUGUAACGUCAUGGUCGUACGUGUAGGCGUAACGCUUGGUCGUGGGUACGAUGGUCGUAGUGCGAGCUGUGUCGGCGUCGUUAGUGCGUGCCGCUGUUGGGGUCAGUGGUCUGGGCACGCUGUUUCGUCGGUCGUCCCGUCCUUGUCGUUGGCGCCCGCUGGUAGUCGGGGGCCCGCUUCGGUCGUCGGGGCUGUCGCGCUCUGGUCGUGGCGCGCCGCUUUGGGCGUCGGGCGUCCCGCUGGUCGUCGGGGUCCCGCUGGUCGUGGGCUUGCUCCCCGGGUUCGUCGGGCCCCGCAUGGUGUAGGGCGUGCCUGACUGGUCGUCGGGCGUCCCGCUGGUCGUCGGGCUUCCCGUUGGUGUGGGGUCACGCUUGUGUGGCUCUCACGCUGGUCGUGGCUCCGCUGGUCGUCGGGCGUACCGCUGGUCGUCGUUUGGGCCCUGCUGGUUCGGGUCCCGUUGGCUGGUCGUGGGGGCGCUUUCUGGGCGCCCUGGUCGUCGGCGUCCGCUUGUCCCGGGCCCUUUGUCGGCUCCCUUUUUCCCCUCUUGGGGGGCCCCUUUUUUUUCCCGCUUAUUCUGCGUUUUUGGUCGCCCCCCGUCUCGGGCGUUAUGCGUCGGGCUCCCGUUUGGGCCCCGGUUUUUGGGGCCCUUUGUGUCGGCCCCGAUGGUGUGGCCCCGUGCGUGGGUGUGGUCGUCGGGGGUCCUGUGGGCUUUCGUCCCCGGGGGCUCCCUCUGUUUUUCCCGUUGUCGUCUUCCUUUCGUAGGUUCGUGUAACGGAAUUCGUGGGUCAAUGUUUAGAUCCCCGUCCCUAUUCAAAGUGGGUUGAGUUUUUUUGUUUCUUCCCUUUGCUUUUUUGAUUUCUUUUUUUGCGUCGUAGGCAUGGUUGGCUUCAGUGCUUUGGGUUGCUAGCUCGGUUGCGAUGUCUGGAUUUCGGCCCGUGGGGCGCCGGGGUGGGGGUUUCCGUUUGUGGGGUCGCUGGUGUGGGGUAUCUGGUGUGAGGUCGUGUGGCUCUCUGUCCGGGGUGUCUGGUGUCGGCUUCCGUGUCCGGUGUAGGCGUCCUGGUCGUGGGCGUUGUCGGUCUUUGUCGCGGUAUGUGUGGGCUGUGCUGUUUUGUCGUCGAUGGUAGGGGUGUGUGGGGUUGGUCGUAGGGGUCGUUGUCUGGAGUUCCUGUGGCGGUCGUGUUCUCGGGCGUACUGUUGUCGGGUCCUUCGGAGUCUUCUGGUCGUACUCUGGUGUGGGACGUCGUGGUCGUGUCUCGGGGUUGGGUCGUGGUGCGGGCCUUUUGGGCCGUGGCCCUUAGUGGGUAAUGUCGUGUUUCUUUUAAUCGGUUGGGUGUCGCCCUGUUUGGGACCCUGAAUAUGGUAUCCGAACGCAAGCUCGUUGUCCCUCUAGUUUUAAGUCUUGUUAUAUUUCCGGUCUGUGUGGGGAUGCUGUUGGGUUUUCUGUGUGGUUCCCUGGUCUCGGUUUUUGUGUUGUUCUCCUGGCGGGUGUCGUUGUUCUUGGCUUGGGGUCGAAUAGUUACGCUGCUCGUCGGGGCUGUGGCUGUGCAUUGGCGGCCUUUGCUGGUAGUGGAGGAAAUAUUUCUUCGGCUUCCGAUGUGUAGGCGGGCUGAUGGAGGAAAGGAGCAGGGGGCUUUUAGGGAAUUUGAAGCUUUUCGUUCUUUGGCGUAGGGAGUGAAGAUGGUAGACGCUGUUUCCUCUACUAUGUUCUCUAGCAGUGGCUCUCUCUCUUCCUCUGCUCACAAUGCCAAAGCGGAACUGGGGUCUUAGCAAGAAAAGCAAACCAAGACCCUUUAAAGUUAAGCAGUAACCCCAACACACCAUAACAUCAACACACAGUAACAAUAACACCAUCCUCCCGGAGCAGGAUGGAGUUGCCCCUAGAAGCUGAUCUUGGGUCAGUUUUGUAUUUUCCCCACUCAUUCAUUUAAGAUACUCUUUGGUCGUAGUCCAAUGAUAGAAGUCUCACAAGCGUCAAUGGCAACGCUCAAACACUCGGGCAUCCAGACGAUUUCUCCAGGUGCCAGAGAGUCCCACAAAAUAGACAUUAUUUGGUAUGGAUUACCUUAGUACAGCUUGGCAUGUGACAUGAUGGCUUCUGGGGUCCGGUGUCGCGGUCCCCGGAGAGGUCAAGCCUCGUUUCAGGGGUCAACUAUCCUCCAACUUUGCUUCCUGUUGUGUGGGGCUCGUCGGAUUGGGAGGAGGCUCAAAAAGGGUGUUGACUGCGGUAAAGUGAAGCCUGCUGGGUAUUUGGGCAGUGUCAUGAGCUGUUGUGAGUUUGUUUCUUUGUAUCAUAUUUCAACCAGUCUAUUUUAAAAGGAAACGUGCUGUUUAUCCGUAGUGAGAGCAAGACGCCAACAUUGGGGAGGAGGAAUAAUAUUAUGUUAAUUAACUUUAUGGCUAAAGCACUGAUUCUCAAACAACUAAAUGACUGUACAACAGCAUCUUUCUAAGUAUCCCAGCAAACAUGCGCCAAGAAAGAUGUGUCGUAUCAUCUGCGGAAAAAAGGAUAGUCACCAACCCAACAACUUCAAGAUCACAGGUGUAGUGUGUGAGAAAAGUCGCUUAAGCAAUUACAGACCUGGGGGAGGAUUGAGAGGACGGGGGCGCUGGCGUGGGAAUCCUUAGCGACUUCGACUGGAACGAUGGCCAAAUAAAUACACUUCAGGGUCCGGUUGAUGAUCGGUUAUGUAACCCUGUGUCCCGGCACAGCUGAAGAACAGACCCGGGAAAAAACGUGUGUUCGCUAGCAUGCAAUGUGUUUUAUUUUGGAUUUGGAGAAGAAGUCUGGAAUGAGGGUUGUGUACUAGUUUAGUGGUCUGUGUAUAGACAGAUAGAAUAGGUUUAGGGGCCUGUGUAUAGACAGAGAGAAGAGGUUUAGGGGUCUGUGUAUAGACAGAGAGAAGAGGUUUAGGGGUCUGUGUAUAGACAGAGAGAAGAUGUUUAGGGGUCUGUGUAUAGACAGAGAGAAGAUGUUUAGGGGUCUGUGUAUAGACAGAGAGAAGAUGUUUAGGGGUCUGUGUAUAGACAGAGAGAAGAGGUUUAGGGGUCUGUGUAUGGACAGAGAAAGGAGAAAUGAAGGGGCCCAUCCCAGCUGGCUGUGAUAGUAUGUGGUGUAUACUGGAUGGAUAAUGGACUGGGUAAUUGGGCAGACUGCAGGCCUCCCAGGCCCAAUCGCCCUCCUGCUAACGCUAACCAGAUGCUGCUAUGACUGGGUCUGCUGAGGGUCUGCUGAUGGGGUUGAUGCUGUCAACACACACACAUAGGAAGUGCAAGCAGACACAGGCAGCCACGCAUGCACACACACACGCGCACAUAAACGGACACACAGAUGGGUGUUGGCCUGAGAAAGACAGAAGAGAGCCCUGAUUAUUGGCAUUAGACAAACCUGAUGUUACACAGGUUGUAGUUGAUUGUUGUCAGCCUUGACAGAGCAAUUUAUCCUAUGUUUUAUGGCUCUACAUGAUGCAUUUGAUGACAACCACAUGGGUUUGACAGUUUUUUGUUUUCUUUAAUGGUGUGAAAGUAGCUGAACAUGUGGCAGUAAACUGGGAAUUCUUUUAUCCUGUACUCUGCCCCCCUCUUUCUCUCCUCCCUAUCUCCAUCCCUCUCACUCUCUUUCCUACCUCCCUCCUUCCCUCUCCUCUCUCCUUCCUCCAUCCCUCUCACUCUCUUUCCUAUGUCCCUCCUUCCCUCUCCUCUCUCCUCCCUCCAUCUCUCUCUCUCCCCCUCUCUUUCCCUGCAUACCUCCCCCUCUCUCUCCCUCUCUCCUUGCCUCUCUCUCUCUUCUCCCUUCCUCAAUACCUACCCCACUCUCUCUCUCUCCUCCGUUCCUCCAUCCCUCUCCCUCCCUCCAUCCAUCCCUCUCACUCUCUCUAACUCCAUCCCUCCAUCCCUCUCCCCCCUCUCCCUCUCUCUCUAGGUGUGGCGUGAUGCAGGGACCCAGGUGUUUUUCUCCUACGCUGUGUGUCAGGGUGUCCUCACCUCUCUGGGCAGCUACAACAAGUACAACAAUGACUGUUACAAGUCAGUGUCACACAUCACAGCACACAGCUUUCCUGUCAAAACUCUAUUUGAAUGAUUAAAUACGUCAAAUAUUUUCAAAUACUUCAGCUGUGCUUGAUUUAGUUUACGCUUUACGAUAAGAACCAAUGGAAUAGUCUCAAAAGUGCAAAACUGCACACAGCUUUUCUUUCAAAACGGUAUCCUCUCACAUUGAUUUAGAGUAGCAUACUAGGUCCCUCUAUCCUCUCACAUUGAUUUAGAGUAGCAUACUAGGUCCUUCUAUCCUCUCACAUUGAUUUAGAGUAGCAUGCUAGGUCCUUCUAUCCUCUCACAUUGAUUUAGAGUAGCAUGCUAGGUCCCUCUAUCCUCUCACAUUGAUUUAGAGUAGCAUGCUAGGUCAUUCUAUCCUCUCACAUUGAUUUAGAGUAGCAUGCUAGGUCCCUCUAUCCUCUCACAUUGAUUUAGAGUAGCAUGCUAGGUCCCUCUAUCCUCUCACAUUGAUUUAGAGUAGCAUGCUAGGUCCCUCUAUCCUCUCACAUUGAUUUAGAGUAGCAUGCUAGGUCCCUCUAUCCUCUCACAUUGAUUUAGAGUAGCAUGCUAGGUCCCUCUAUCCUCUCACAUUGAUUUAGAGUGGCAUGCUAGGUCCCUAUUGUCGUUAUUUGAGUUGGAUCACCCAGACCUGGGUCAAACACAUAAUUAUGCCACAUGUUUUCCAACACUUGAGCUGUGCUUGAUGUAGUUUGCUGUGUACAAUAGAACCAAUGGAAUAGUCCCAAAAGUGCAAACAUGCUAAAUCAAGCGCACCUCAAAUACCUUCAACUGUUUCGUUCGAGCUAAUAUAGCUAAAAUGACACUGGUAAAUGUAAAUUGAUAAUUCGUUCAUUGUUCUCAUGUGAGGUGGAAUAAGCAAACACUGUACAGUCGUGGUCAAAAGUUUUGAGAAUGACACAAGUAUUGUUCUUCACAAAGUUUGCUGCUUCAGUGUUUUUAGAUAUUUUUGUCAAAUGUUACAAUGGAAUACUGAAGUAUAAUUACAAGCAUUCCAUAAGUGUCAAAGGCUUUUAUUGACAAUUACAUUAAGUUUAUGCAAAGAGUCAAUAUUUGCAGUGUUUUUCAAGACCUCUGCAAUCCACCCUGGCAUGCUGUCAAUUAACUUCUGGGCCACAUCCUGACUGAUGGCAGUCCAUUCUUGCAUAAUCAAUGCUUGGAGUUUGUCAGAAUUUGUGGGUUUUUGUUUGUCCACCCGCCUCUUGAGGAUUGACCACAAGUUCUCAAUGGGAUUAAGGUCUGGGGAGUUUCCUGGCCAUGGACCCAAAAUGUCGAUGUUUUGUUCCCGGAGCCACUUAGUUAUCGCUUUUGCCUUAUGGCAAGGUGCUCCAUCAUGCUGGAAAAGGCAUUGUUCAUCACUAAACUGUUCUUGAAUGGUUGGGAGAGCUUGCUCUCGGAGGAUGUGUUGGUACCAUUCUUUAUUCAUGGCUGUGUUCUUAGGCAAAAUUAUGAGUGAGCCCACUCCCUUGGCUGAGAAGCAACCCCACACAUGAAUGGUCUCAGGAUGCUUUGCUGUUGGCAUGACACAGGACUGAUGGUAGCGCUCACCUUGUCUUCUCCGGACAAGCUUUUUUCCGGAUACCCCAAACAAUCGGAAAGGGGAUUCAUCAGAGAAAAUGACUUUACCCCAGUCCUCAGCAGUCCAAUCCCUGUACCUUUUGCAGAAUAUCAGUCUGUCCCUGAUGUUUUUUCCUGGAGAGAAGUGGCUUCCUCGCUGCCCUUCUUGACACCAGGCCAUCCUCCAAAAGACUUUGCCUCACUGUGCGUCCAGAUGCACUCACACCUGCCUGCUGCCAUUCCUGAGCAAGCUCUGCACUGGUGGUGCCCCGAUCCUGCAGCUGAAUCAACUUUAGGAGACGGUCCUGGCGCUUGCUGGACUUUCUUGGGCGCCCUGAAGCCUUCUUCACAACAAUUUAACCUCUCUCCUUGAAGUUCUUGAUGAUCCGAUAAAUGGUUGAUUUAGGUGCAAUCUUACUAGCAGCAAUAUCCUUGCCUGUGAAGCCCUUUUUGUGCAAAGCAAUGAUGACGGCACGUGUUUCCUUGCAGGUAACCAUGGUUAACAGAGGAAGAACAAUUAUUUCAAGCACCACCCUCCUUUUAAAGCUUCCAGUCUGUUAUUCUAACUCAAUCAGCAUGACAGAGUGAUCUCCAGCCUUGUCCUCGUCAACACUCUCACCUGUGUUAACAAUAGAAUCACUGACAUGAUGUCAGCUGGUCCUUUUGUGGCAAGGCUAAAAUGCAGUGGAAAUGUUUUUUUGGGAUUAAGUUCAUUUUCAUGGCAAAUUAAUUGCAAUUCAUCUGAUCACUCUUCAUAACAUUCUGGAGUAUAUGCAAAUUGCCAUCAUAAAAACUGAGGCAGCAGACUUUGUGAAAAUUAAUAUUUGUGUCAUUCUCAAAACUUGACCACGACUGUAUGAUUGUGACUUGACACACCUUGUUGUGUUCCAGGGAUUGCGUGGCACUCUGCAUUCUCAACAGUGCCACCAGCAUCUUCGCUGGAUUUGCCGUCUUCUCCGUACUGGGAUUCAUGGCUCACUCACUCAACGUGGACAUGAAUGAAGUCGUUAAAGGAGGCAGGCCCCUUUCCUCCACAUCCCCCUCUUCUUUCUCCUCCUUCCUCGUCUUCAUCCCUUUCUCACAUUCCUCACUGCAGCGGUCAAGUUGAUAUAGAAUGACAUUCAUUCAUUUCUGUUAGAUAUUGUGUGAAGCUCGGUUCUCCAACUCCGGUCCUAAAGAUGUACUGGGUGUGCAAGUGUUUGUUCCAGCCCAGCACAGACAUAUUUGAUCAAACAAAUUGUGGUCCAGAACUGAAGACUAUAAUUAGUUGAUGUGAAAUAAGUAUGUUAGUGCUGGGGUGGAACAAGAGCCAACACUCCCAGUAUCUCUCCCAGUAGAGACAGAGAAACCUGUGCUAUAGGUACGAUACUGCUCACGGUCGUAACCAAUAAUGGCCACAAGAGGGCACUUUAGCCCAGUGCACCAUAUUUACCAUAAAACCUCUAUCUCAACUGGUCUCCUCCACACAGCAUUAAACCAACACAUCAACAGCAAUUCCAUACUGUAUUUCUCAGUCCAGUGAUAUUUACCUGCAAAGACUAAUAAAAGAAUGUGUGUGUGUGUGUGUGUGUGUCUGGGCUGUUUCCUACAGGACCUGGUCUAGCUUUCAUCGCCUAUCCCAAAGCCGUGUCCCUGCUACCAGGGGCCCAGUUCUGGGCUGUCCUCUUCUUUCUUAUGGUCAUCUUACUGGGCCUGGACAGCCAGGUACUGUACAGGUACAUGUUGGUGUGUGUGUGUGUAUGUGUGUGUAUGUAUGUGUGUGUGUGUAUGUGUGUGUGUGUGUGUGUAUGUGUGUGUGUGUGUGUGUGUGUAUGUGUGUGCGUGUGUGUGUCUAUGUGUCUGUGUGUGUGCAACAGUGCAAGUGUGUGUUUGAUAGAGUUGUAUUUUGUUUAUUAAGCUUAAAUCAGUUAAUGUGUCAUUUUCAGUUGACAGGAUACAUCUUUGUGCAUGUGUGUGUUGUAAACAUGUUGUGUGUGUUCCCUCCCAGUUUGUGUGUGUAGAGAGCUUGGCCACAUCCAUCACUGACAUGUUCCCUGGUGUACUGCGGAGGCCUGGCCGGAGAGAGAUCUUAGUACUAGUCAUCGCUGUAGUCUGCUUCCUACUGGGCCUGCCUCUCAUCACUGAGGUAGGAGAGAGGAGGGGAAGAUGGAAGGAGAUAGGGAGUGGUAGAAGACAGAGAUAUAGAGGGUGGGAGACAGAGAAAAAUAGAGAUGGAGGGAGGGAGAGUAAACUCUUCAAUAGCAAUAGGAACAUCAAAUCUGAUGAAAAAGUUCAAAGUUUACCUCUGACAUCCAUGUCCAUCUGUCCGUCCAUCAGAAUGGGAUAGUCCUCUUUCAGUUGAUUGACUCGUACGGUCCCAGUGGGACCAGUCUGCUGUUCAUUGCCUGUUUUGAGUGCAUCGCCGUCGCCUGGGUCUACGGUGAGUGACGUCACUACUAACAUGAUUGUACCGACUAUGUUUACUGUAGUAACUGUUCUAAGACUCCAGUCACUCCAGUCACCCAAGUCAUAGACUGUUCUCUCUGUUAGCGCACGGCAAGCGGUACCGGAGCGCCAAGUCUAGGUCCAAAAGGCUCCUUCACAGCUUCUACCCCGAAGCCAUAAGACUGCUGAACAAUUAAUCAAAUGGCCACCCGGACUAUUUGACUAUUUAACCCUUUUGUUUUUACACUGCUGCUACUCGCUGUUUAUUAUCUAUGCAUAGUCACUUUGUACAAAUUACCUCGACUAACCUGUACCCCCGCACAUUGACUCGGUACCGGUACCCCCUGUAUAUAGCCUCGUUAUUGUUAUUUUAUUGUGUUACUUUUUAUUGUAUUUUUUACUUUAUUUUAUUUAGUAAAUAUUUUCUUAACUCUAUUUUUUGAACUUCAUUUUUGAUUAAGGGCUUGUGAGUAAGCAUUUCACCUGUUGUAUUCGGCGCAUGUGACAAAUAUUUGUGUAUUAUUUUAAUCGUUAAAGUGAAUCUAUACUCUAAGGGCCAGUUUCCUGGACCCAGAUAAAGUCCUGGACCAAAAUGCUAUUUAUAGGAAUAUUCUCCAUUGGGCUUUUUAGUCCAGGACUACAAUGGGUCUAAGGACAGUCACAACCAGUAACAACAAUGUCCAUCUCUGUCCAUAAAGUUUUCCAUACAUUCACAGUAACAUUAAGUCUAAAUUGAAGUUCCAUUGCCAAUCUACAAGGGAAGGGAAGUGGGGACACAUAGUAGACCACUGUGUCUCAACAUGUUUUCGAGGGGGGACCCAUGUGAGUGUUUCUAUCAAAACGAAGAGAUGGAUCUCGACUAAAAAAUUAAGUGUGGAUGGAUUGGCUUGCAGGUGCGAACCGUUUCCUUGACAACAUUGAAGACAUGAUAGGCUACCAUCCUUUCCCUUCGGUGCUGAAGUACUGCUGGUUGUUUGUGACACCACUCAUCUGUGGGGUGAGUAAGACAGACACCUGUACUGCCUCUCUCUCUCUCUCUCUCUCUCUCUCUCUCUCUCUCUCUCUCUCUCUCUUUCUCUCUGCGUCUUUCUUUAUGCUCAUGUUGUUCUCUUUCUUUCUUCAUCUCUCCCCUGCUUUCUUGCACCUCUUUGCUCUCUCUCUCUCUCUCUCUCUCUCUCUCUCUCUCUCUCCCUCCCCUCUCUCCCUCUCUCUCUUCCUCCCCCUCUCUCCCUCCCUCUCUCUCUCUCUCUCUCUCUCUCUCUCUCUCUCCCUCUCUCUCUCUCUCCCUCCCCCUCUCUCUCCCUCCCUCUCUCUCUCUCUCUCAAUUCAACUAAAUUCAAAGGGCUUUAUUGGCAUGGGAAACAAUGUUUACAUUGCCAAAGCAAGUGAAAUAGAUAAUAAACAAAAGUGAAAUAAACAAUCAAAAAUACACCAUCCAAAGUGUAAUUAAAAAUUAACAGUAAACAUUACACUCACAAGUUUCAAAGGAAUAGACAUGUCAAAUAUCAUAUUAUGGCUAUGUACAGUGUUAUAAUCUCUCUCUCUCACUGUUUCUCUCUGCAUCUGUCUUUAUCUUAAUGUUUCCUGUCUGUCCCUCGUGGUCUGUCUCUCCCUCGUAGUCUCUCUCUCCCUCGUAGUCACUUUCUCCCUUGUGGUCUGUCUCUCCCUCGUGAUCUCUCUCUCCCUCGUGGUCUCUCCCUCGUGGUCUCUCUCUCCCUCCUGGUCUCUCUCUCCCUCGUGGUCUCUGUUCCCUCAUGGUCUGUCUCUCCUUCGUGGUCUCUCUCUCCCUCGUGGUCUGUCCCUUGUGGUCUCUCUCUCCAUCGUGGUCUGUCUCUCCCUUGUGGUCUCUCUUUCCCUCAUGGUCUCUCUCUCCCCCGUGGUCUGUCUCUCCCUCGUGAUCUCACUCUCCCUUGUGGUCUCACUCUCCCUCGUGGUCUCUCUCUCCCUCCCUCUUUCUUCUAACUUUGCAUCAAAACACCCAUACAUUCCUUCUAUCCACAAAUGAAUAGCAACUUACAUUUGUUGAUCACUAUCUUUCUAAUACCCUUUUCACACUAUCGAGCCAAACUAAGCCGAGCCAUGCCGAGCCGUACUGGAAUGGCCUGGGUACGCAUCACCCAGUUGCUGGAGCUAUGCUGUAAAGCACAAUGAGCACAAUGUGAAAAUACAAUUUUCAAGCCAGGACAGUACAGUUCAGGCUGGCCCUAUAGUGGGAAUCAGGUUUAAGUCGACAGUAUCCAAGGCUAAACUUCACCUCCAACUCUUCCUGGUUCUCCUCAGAUCACCCUGGCGUAUGACACACUGACCAGUUCAUCAAUCAAUCUAAAUCUAGACUACGUACCUGGGCCCUGGGCCUCCCGAGUGGCCUGUCUCCUCAUCCUCACCCCCCUGAUGUGUAUCCCUGUCUACAUUCUGCUGUGUCUGUGGAGGGUGAGUGUCUAUACCUCACCUAGCGUCACUCCAUCAUCACCCACCAGGCACCAACUGGGUGUCUACUCAUAGCUGUGUGUUGGUUUAGGGGUGGGUGGGGGGAGGUGUGUGUGUAUACAUUUUAAUAUCUGUGUGUGUGUGUGUGUGUGUGUGUGUGUGUGUGUGUGUGUGUGUGUGUGUGUGUGUGUGUGUGUGUGUGUGUGUGUGUGUGUGUGCGUGUGGGUGUGUGCAGGAAUGUGUGAAUUGUGGUGUUUCUUCAGUGUUUUGAACAUGUCCUUCCUCUCAGAAUCCUACAGGGAUGACCACUCCGUCCAGUGACCUGCGCCAGGCACGGCCACAUGAACCUAGACUCACUGUGUGUGACCAUGUCAUCAUCAAGGGACAACAGAAACCCCCCAGGAUCGCAGGGGAGCAGGAUGAGAUGCUGGCCAUGGAGGAGAGCAGUGGCGUUUAGUGUUGAUGACAUCAUAGAACCUCGACCAUCAGGGUGCCGGACUGCCGGGUUGGUCUAUGCAGGGAUACCAUGAAAGUCUGGGUCGUAUUCAUUAUGGCGGCAGGUAGCCUAGCGGUUA